AUGCAGCAACAAAAUACUCGACCCAGCAGCAGCGGCAGCAGCAGCAGCAGCAGCAACGCAAGGGCUCGCAUGGCCCCGGGUGUCCAGAGCCUUGUGCAGCAGUUCAAGGAGGCGGUCUUCAGAAUCUCCGCCUGCACCGCAAAAAUAUUGCAACCCAAGCAGGAAAGCCCCCAGCACAUAGAACACAGCGCAACACAGCCACGCCACACUCUGCCACUGUCCGGAUGGGAGCCGGUGUACGACGAUCGCGACGCACGCUGGUUUGAUAUUAAGGAAACGGCGCUACACGGCAGCUACAGCUGGGCCCUACAAGACUACCGGUCCGAACGCGAGGAAGUUCCGGUCCCGGGCGAUGUGUGGCGUGGGGAAAUCCCGAGCGACGUGGAGCUGGCGCCGGUGCUGACGUGCCGUGACCUCGUCAAGCAGGUAUUGGUCGACCAACACGGCCGUGGGGACACUAUUCAGUGCGCCUUUCCCGACCAGCCCUGCCCUCCCGGCACCUACAAGGUCAUGGCCUUCACGAGCCCCAUUCCCGAGGACGACCCGGCGGUCAACUAUUGCGAUCACCACUUUUAUGUGCAGCACAAAGACGUCAACAUCACGUUGCAGCUGGGCGACAAGCUGAGCGACGUAUCCAGAUUCUUCAAGCUGCCCGUUGACGAUUUGUACGAUGCCAACCCGGGCCUGGCGGACAUCCCCGAGGAUCAGCCCUUGGCGAGGGAGCGCAGCGUGUUGGUCCCCGGCGCCAAUGUUUGGAGUCACAAGCCGAACGAGUGGCUGCCACCGCGACUGCACGACGGCGCAGGGCGCGCCAUCCAUAACCCGCUGCGUGCCGUGGCGGCCUUUUCCGACGACGAGGGCGGCAUGAACGAGCUGCCGGCACACUACUGCUGCUCGUUCUGCGUGCGGCCGGGCCAGGCGAAGACGGGGGCCCAGGCGCGGGAGAUGGGUUCGGGGCAGGAGUGA